AUGGCUGAGAAGAAAGUUGACCCAGCGACCGGCGAGGCGUACACGCUGAAGGAGCUCAUGGCGCACUACAAGGGGACUUACAAGAAGAAGGAGUUGGAGGAGUACUUCGACAACCAUUGCAAGCCCGUCAAAGUUCGACAGAGCAAGGCAAAGGCUGGCAAACCGGCGAAGGACCCGGAGCUUUCCAAAGCAAGUGGGUGGUUGGUUUAG